AAACUUAAAUUAGGCCUCCGGGGAUUGGUGAAAACAAAAUUAGGCCUCCGGGAUUGGUGAUUGACAGUUGACAGUUUACGCACCGGAAAAGUCUACCAUCUGUCUACCUGAAAACUCAAACUCGUCUCGGACUCCCGAAACCCGCAUUUCACUCCCAAUUUCUCUCGCCAUUUUCAUCUCUCUCUGAACAAAAAAAAACAUGUCGAAUCGAAACCCUAAAUCCCCUUACGAUUCGCUCAUGACUCAGGACCAACUCAUUGACUCGCUCACCUCCCACGUCUCUCUCUACCAUUCUCACUCCAAUACCUCAGACCUCAAACCAAACCCUAACCCUAGGUCCGCAAUUCUCAAAUGGUUCUCAUCUCUAACCGUCCACCAGCGCCAAGCUCACCUCACCGCUGUGGAUUCGAAGUUCGUACGGAUCCUCAUCCAAAUGCUCGGCAAGCUCCGCACCAAUAGCCAUGGCUUCUUCAUCAUCCUCCCUGACCUCCCCUCAGGUGACCUCCCCACCCUAUGUUUUAAAAGGUCGAGUGGGCUUCUGUCUCGGGUUUCCGAGUCGAACGAGCUGGAGAGGAGGAUAUUCGAGUCGACUCGGUUGUUUGCGUCGAGAGAAGGAGAGAAGAUUGAGGAAUGCUCGUGUUCAGUGAAGGAUCUUGAUACAGUGUCGGUGAGCGAGGGUUUGGUUGAGAAUGUGGAUAGGUUUGUGGCGGUGAUGGAUGAAAUAUCAAAUGGGGACUUCUUGAGAGGUGAAGAGAGUGACUUGGGAUUGGAUUGGGUCGAAUUCAAUUGGUUGAAGGACAAAGGGUAUUACAGUAUGGAAGCAUUUGUGGCGAACCGGCUGGAGGUGGCUUUGAGGCUGGCGUGGCUGAGUUGUAGUAAUGGGAAGAAACGAGGGGUGAAGCUGAAAGAAAAGAUGAGUGCUGCGGGCUUGGCGGCCAAUGUGUAUUGGAGGAAGAAAGGGUGUGUGGACUCGUGGGGAAAUUUGGACUUAGCAACAAGGAGGAAUAUAUUGACUUCGGUGUUGGGAAAAUCAGCGAAACCUUUGAUUCUUGAGAUUCUGAAGGGGACAAGUAGUGAGGUGGGGGAUGAAAUGUGGCUCUUCAAUACAGGAGUAGAACAGCCAUUGAGGUACAACCAUAAUGUAUCUAUGCGAAAGACUGUUCCAAAACUUGUGGCUGACACUGAAUUUGGGUCAAGCAUUAUCCCUGCUUCUCUUUCUGGGGAAUCUGCUUCCCUAGUCGGUGCCUUUAAUAAUCUCAUUUUGCUUCAGGAUAUAGUAAUGAUGAUAUCCUUAUGUCGCCAUAGUGAAUAUGAUAAAGGGAAACUCUUCUAUAGCACGUUGAGUUCAAUUUCUACCAUUUCUGAUUUUAUACUAAGAAAAGUACGUGGAUUUCUUAUGGUUAUUUUGCUUGACUGCACAAAACUGGAACUUUUAGCAGAGGGUGACAAAUCCUUACCUAAGAAAUCAAAGGCAAAGCCUAGUGCUUGUAGCCGAAAAAGUAAGGGGAGGACCCGCAAUAUGAAAAGGCCAAGUCCUGGUCGUAGCCUGUGUGCAGAUGAUUUUUUGUGUGAAAAGUCUCUCAAGGAUCUUAAUUGUACAUUGGCUCAUAAAGAGAAGGUAGAUUUGGUGGAGUCCAAGAAGAUGCAUGGUAUACAUCAGGAGACCGAGACUUUCAAAGAGGCAUCAUCAUCGAAAGAUGAAAUGGAUCGUGCACAAGCACUGGUUGUUGCAAAAGCUCAUACUGCUGCAAGGAAGGGUAGGAAAGAUAAAGGAAAAAACAAAAUAACUGGUUGUAAGAAUGCCGUUGAUGUGAGAAAAUUUGAAAGUUCAGUCAUGGAAGCUUCUUCUUCCUCUGUCAUUCCUGAAGAUUACACUGCAAAGUGCGAUCCCGUUUCUGGUGAUUCAGCCUUCCAGAACAUCACAGAUUGUUCAGCUGGUUGUAACAUCCUUGUGACAAAUUCGAUGCCUCCUGAUUCUGCAAAUGGGUCGACUAAGGAUGAGGAUGCCACCCAAAGCAUUCAAGAAAAUUAUGUUAUUGGUUCUAGUGCAAGUUUCUGCCAUAGAAUUUCAGAAGAAUACCAGUCAUCAGACAAUAUUACUGAAAUUCAAAUUAAAUCCACGGGAUCAGAAACUGGAAAUUGUGAAAUAGUUGGAAAUGUAAUACCUUCUGUGCCUGUGGUGGAUGAUAAUGCUUUCAGCCAUAAGGAUAUUGACUUUCAGAACACACGUGUUGGUAAAUCUGAUGUAAAAGACGUCUCGCCAGACAAAGCAGUAAGAGCUGCUGAUAUUAAAAAGGAAGCUAUUCUGUUUCAGGACCAAGAGCAUGGAAAUCCUAUAUGUGAUACUGGAGCUUCAAGUUCUUUCGAAUGCCUUCCAUAUGAGUGGCCUGGUGUAGCUUGUGCCUAUUUUCCACCUGUCAACUCACAUCUCCCACCUGCCACUGAUCGAUUGCAUCUGGAUGUUGGUCAUAACUGGCAGAAUCACUUUCGCCAGUCUUUUCUACCCACGAUACAUCAGGCGAGAAGUUGUCCAAUUCAAGGUGGGUGUAAUCCAGUUCUGACUCGACCAUUGCCAAUGAGUUUAGAUUGGCCUCCAAUGGUUCGAAGGGCUCGCGGAUUGGCUCUGUCCCGGACCUGUAAUUAUGAUUCUGGAUUCUUCUCAAAGAAGCAGUGUAGUUUUCCGCAGGGUUUUUCCACCCAGAAUGUCCAGAUUAAUACAACAAUGGACAUCGAAAGGAGGUAUUCUUGGGAUUGCACAGACCUGCCUGAUCCAAUAAGGGCACAUGAACUAGCAGAUGAAUAUGACAGCCACUGGAUAUCAGAGGAUGAAGUUGAGGUGCAAGCAUUUUCUGGGGUAGACUAUAAUCAAUACUUCGGUGGUGGUGUGAUGUACUGGAAUCCUUCUGACCAUCCAGGGACGGUUUUCUCUCGCCCUCCUUCCCUUAGUUCUGAUGAUAGCUCAUGGGCUUGGCGUGAAGCUGACAUGAACAGGGCUGUCGAUGAUAUGGUUGCAUUUUCUUCUUCAUAUAGUACAAAUGGUUUGACUUCACCUACUGCUUCUUUUUGUUCUCCUUUUGAUCCUUUGGGAUCAGGAAACCAAGCUCUUGGCUAUGUUAUGCCGGGGAAUGAAGUACCAGGCAAGGUGCUACAUUCCUCAUCAACAAUGACAGACACAGCAGCAGAUGAGGAAUCAUCUGGAUCUUUGGCUGAUGUAAGUGGUGAUGUCGAAGGGAAGAUAGGAGAUUCACUUCCUUAUCCCAUUUUGCGGCCAAUCAUCAUUCCAAACAUUUCAAGAGAAAGGUCAAGAGAGUUUAAGCGUAGUUAUGAUCGUAAAAGCCCAUGUGUUCCUCCUACUAGGCGAGAGCAACCUCGGAUAAAGCGGCCGCCAUCACCCGUGGUGCUUUCUGUUCCACGUGCUCCCCGACCACCUCCACCCUCUCCUGUGAGUGAUGCCAGGAAACACAGGGGCUUUCCAACUGUUCGAUCUGGUAGCUCCAGCCCAAGGCACUGGGGUAUGAGAGGAUGGUUCCAUGAUGGAGCUAACUUGGAGGAAGCUUGUUUGCGCAUGGAUGGUGCUGAAGUUGUUUGGCCAUUAAGAAGUAAUAAUAUUUCUGGCCGCCCGUUGAUUCAGCCUCUUCCUGCACCUUUGUUGCAGGAUCGACUGAUUGCUAUUUCUCAACUAGCUCGUGAUCAGGAACAUCCAGAUGUUGCAUUCCCCCUACAACCGCCUGAGUUGCAUAACUGUCCUAUGAGGAAGGCAUCUCUUUCUUUGAUGCACAGCCUUGUCCACGAUGAUAUUGAUUUUUUCUGCAAGCAGGUUGCUGCAGAGAAUAUGGCUAGGAAGUCCUACAUCAAUUGGGCUGUCAAGCGGGUUACAAGGUCUCUCCAGGUGCUUUGGCCCAGGUCCAGGACAAACAUAUUUGGUUCAACUGCAACUGGUUUGUCACUUCCAACAAGUGAUGUGGACCUUGUGGUUUGUCUGCCUCCUGUGAGGAACCUGGAACCCAUUAAAGAAGCUGGGAUAUUGGAGGGCCGUAAUGGUAUUAAAGAAACAUGCCUUCAGCAUGCCGCCAGGUAUCUCGUCAAUCAGGACUGGGUAAAAAAUGAUUCGCUCAAGACUGUGGAAAAUACAGCUAUACCUAUAAUAAUGCUUGUGGUGGAAGUUCCCCGUGAUCUCAUUGCCUCUUCUGCCUCCAAUGUCCAAUCCCCAAAAGAAGAGCCACCUCACAUGUCGGGCGAGCAAGGCAGUCAUGUGAAUUCUAGUGUGGUUGUUUUAGAAGAAUCUGCACUGCCUAAAUGUUCACAGAUAAAUUAUGAUGUUACAAAGGAUUCAGUAUCAGUUCGUAUUGACAUCAGUUUCAAAUCUCCGUCUCAUACAGGACUCCAAACUACAGAGCUGGUUAAGGAUCUAACAGAGCAGUUUCCAGCUGCUGCACCUCUUGCUUUGGUACUGAAACAGUUCUUGGCAGAUCGUAGCCUGGAUCAGUCUUACUCUGGUGGCUUGAGUUCCUAUUGUUUGGUAUUACUGAUUAUACGUUUUCUCCAGCACGAGUAUCAUCUUAGCCGACCUAUCAACCAAAACUUUGGAAACCUUCUGAUGAAUUUUCUUUAUUUUUUUGGGAAUGUGUUUGAUCCUCGCCAAAUGCGUAUAUCAGUACAAGGAAGCGGUGUUUAUAUUAAGAGGGAAAGAGGUUGCAGCAUUGACCCAAUACACAUUGAUGAUCCUCUUUUCCCAACUAAUAAUGUGGGGCGCAAUUGCUUCCGGAUACAUCAGUGUAUCAAGGCAUUUUCAGAAGCAUAUUCUAUUUUGGAGAAUGAGCUUGCUUCUCUUCCCAGUGGUGAUGGUGAUUUAUGUUCAAGGCCCUCAUAUAGAAUGCUUUCUAAAAUCAUCCCGAGUAUUGAUCUAUCAUAGUGAUGCUUAUUGCAUGGAAAGUUGUAUGCCUUUGAAGUCUUAUGUUAAUCUAGGGGAAAUCUAAAUCAUUGAUCAAGCUAAGGUGUUCUUUUGGUGCAAACUGGAGUUUGCAAUAUGGUAGAUUGCCUCCCACACUUUUGGUGCAGAUACGAACUCUCCUUGUUACGGUUCUGCUCCAGGGUUUGUCCAGAAAAAAGCAAGGUUCAGCAAACCGCCAAAUCACUAUGAAUUUUUGUUAGGUGCAGCCAUAUUGUCGUUAAAGACUGGAUUUUCACCUAUCAUGCAACUGUUCCGAGUUCACUUUUGUAGCCGAAUUUGCUUGAUGAUCUUGACGUCAUGUGAUCGGUAGUUUCCUGAGAUAUAAACCCCAGAGUGGUGAGGAUGGCCAAUAAGGCUGAUCUUGUGAAGGGGACCAGGAACAACCUGAAAACGGGCUCAUAUCCGAUUCUCCAGGUCAGCCCUCAGGCUCGAUUCUGCAGGUCACUGCAUAGAAAAUGAACAUUCGAGCUGAAAAAAUCUUAAACCAAUUGUACACAUAGGUGUAUAAAUCUUAUACCAAUCGUACAUAUGUUUACAUCAAAGUCAGGUUGAUGUCAUCUGACUAGCAUAUAUUUUGUGUACUUAUCAAAAAACAAAACUGUAGAUUGUGUGUAGCUUAGCUAUUUACCUAGCACUAGAGAGAGGUGGGUCAGUAGUUAGAUGAUUAUACUCUGUGAAGUAACAGAAAUGUAUUGGGAUUAGGAUCAUAAAAAUAUUCAACUGUACUUUGUGUAUGGCGAUGUGCUUGAAAUUUUUACAUCACAAAGAUCGUGGAUACAUUUCGAGUUCAGUUGAUAAUUUUUUCUUAUACGCGAU